UGUUGAGAAGCUGCUGAGAAGAUGUCUGCUGGAGGAGGCUGAGGAGGAGGCUCUCCUCUCCCACCCAGCCUGCAGCGCGCAUCGGCGACGCAACAUGGCCGCGGAGCAGCUCCCCCCGCAGCGCGGAGACGCGCGACCACCCUCCGGUAAAUAACAACAACCCUCCGGUAAAUAAGAACCACCGUCCGGUAAAUAACAACAAACCUCCGGUAAAUAAGAACCAUCCUCCGGGUAAUAAGAACAAACCUUUGAUAAACACGAACUAUCCUCCGGUAAAUAAGAACGGGCACGGGGGGAAACGGUGACGCGCUGCUGAGGAUCACAACAAAGCCACAGAUUAAAUGGCGUUCAUGUCCCGGUUCUCCCGGUCCCGGAGCAGCUCCCGGUCUCCAAACCGAAAGGAGUCGGAGCGCGUGUCCGUGACGGUGUCGGAGCUGGAGCGGCUCCUGUGCACCGGAAAGACCGCCUGCAACCACGCGGACGAAGUGUGGCCGCGGCUCUACAUCGGAGACCAAGACAUCGCGUCAGACCGCGGCGAGUUGGCGAAGCUGGGCAUCACGCACAUCCUGAACUGCGCGCAGAGCAAGUGGCGCGGCGGCGCAGAGUUGUACGCCGGCAUGCGAGUGACGUACCACGGCAUCGAGGCCCACGACUCGCCCUCCUUCGACAUGAGCGUCAACUUCUACCCCGCCUCCGACUUCAUCCACAGGGCCCUGGCAGGCGGAGGGACGGUGCUGGUCCACUGCGCGGUGGGGGUGAGCCGCUCCGCCACGCUGGUUCUGGCCUACCUGAUGAUCCGACAGAACCUGACGCUGGUGGAGGCCAUCAAGACCGUGAAGGACCACCGGGGCGUCAUCCCCAACCGGGGCUUCCUGCGGCAGCUCAACGGCCUGGACGGCAUCCUGAGGGAGAGCCGCAAGGCGUCCCCCCCGAGCUGAAGACCCCCCCCCCCCCGUCACACAUGCCCUCUGAGGUAGCAGCUACACGGGGUAAACUGGGGGAGGUAAUGGGAUCAAGUCACAGCAACUGGUGGGUUUCUGUCACUGUAGCUGGAGGCAGGUUUCACUCAAAUCAAAAGUUUCUUUACAUUUAAAAAGAAAAAAUCGAUUUAUUUUGUUUAUUUAUUUGUCUAUUUAUUCACAUAUCUGUUUCUUUAUCAAGCGAUUAAUCAAUUUAAAAAUAUUUAUUUGAUUAUUUCUAUUAUUUAUUAAUUCAUCGAUCUAUUAUUUAUUAGUAUUUAUAUUAUAAACUAUCAUUUAUAUUUUAGUUAAUCCUUUUUUAUUUAAUUAAGCCAUGUAGUUUGUGUUUGAGCGCCUUAAACCACACAAGUACACGAGGUCUGGACCCCCCAGUACCGCCCUUCAUGACCCUCUUCUACGAGUAUCUUUUCGACCCAAACUUCGGACCAUUCCACGUGGACCCGAUGCUCCACGGAACCAGCAGAGAAGAACCAAGCAGAACAGAACCUUCGGUAGCUGAGCCUCGGCAGAGACCCGCACCACCGAGUCUCCUCAGGGGGGGUCUCUCAGUCCUGGUUCUGGUUCUCGCGGGUCUCCCUACCCUCCAGCGGAUCCAGCAGUACCUCCUCAUCAAUGAGUUAAGGUGAUUUACAGCGUACAGCAUCCAAUAAAAGACCAAAUAAGAGGUUACCAUGGAGACAACAGCACUGCCACUGGCCCCCGUCGUGCUGCCAGUCCUCUUCAGGUCUCCUACCGGACCGCUCUGGGCGGGGGCUCAGCUUUCUUGUGUGGUCCAAACCCUCCCUCAGAAAUAAGACUCUUGCUCAGUGAUUCUCUCUAGUCCCCCCCCCCCCCCCCCCAAUUGUACAUUUUAAGUCUCUGCAGGUCUUCCCUCGACUUACUUUUGUACAUUCAGCAAGUGUCAUUAAGAGCCCAGAACCACCAACGAGGCCCAGGUCUGAAACCAGCACAGCUACGUGUCACCGAUUACUGUAUCACACAUUAUUGUGUUACAG